AUGCCUGAACUUUCCCUGAUCAACUUCAACAUCGUCUGCGCGACGUUGGGAGGGUUCAUCUCCAUCUUUGGGCUGGUGUCAUACUUGUUCAAGGAGAGAUUCUACCUGUCUGAAGCAUUGAUCUCAUUAUUGGCCGGUGUCAUAUUUUCUCCACAUGCGGCCAAUUUCAUCAGACCCAGAGACUAUGCGCUUGGCUCGGACCAGAAUCUAGAAGAGAUCACCCUCUAUUUUACUAGACUCGUUCUUGGCGUGCAGCUACUCUUGGCCGGUGUCCAGCUUCCGAAACGCUACCUUCAGGUAGAAUGGCAAAGUCUGUCCUUGCUACUUGGUCCCGGCAUGGCGGCCAUGUGGAUGUGUAGCAGCUUGAUUGUUUGGGCUAUGAUUCCGAAUUUCAAAUUCCUCCAUGCUCUUAUAGUCGGUGCCUGUGUUACUCCUACAGACCCUGUCCUGUCAAAUUCAAUUGUCAAGGGUAAAUUCGCCGACAAGAAUGUUCCUCCGCCGCUGCAAAGGAUCAUAGUUGCCGAGUCUGGAGCCAAUGAUGGGCUUGGAUAUCCCUUCCUCUUUUUUGGCUUGUACCUUCUUAAGUAUAUUGGCAUGGGAGGGGAGGGAUAUAACGGAGGGGCUGGAAAAGCUAUGGGCCUGUGGUUCUAUGAGACCUGGGUCUACACAGUUAUUCUAAGCGUUGCCUACGGUAUCGUGGUCGGCUGGAUUUCCAGGAAAUUGCUCCAUUGGGCGGAAGAAAGGCAUUACGUCGACCGCGAAAGCUUCCUCGUUUUUGCCAUUUCUCUUGCGCUUUUCAUCAUGGGAACAUGUGGCCUGAUUGGAACAGAUGACCUGCUAGCUUGCUUCGUGGCUGGAAAUGUCUUUACUCAAGAUGACUGGUUCCGUCUUGCGACGUUGGAUGACUCGCUACAACCGACUAUCGAUAUGCUACUGAACCUGGCCAUUUUCAUGUGGUUCGGUGCUGUUUGUCCAUGGUCAUUGUUUGCGAACAACAACAUUAUUCCCAUUUACCGUCUCAUUUUCCUGGGAAUUUUGGUUCUCCUAGUUCGCCGGGUGCCGAUCAUUUUCGCGAUGCACAAAUCCAUCCAACAGAUAGAAAACAAAUUCCAAGCAGCUUUUGUUGGUUUCUUCGGGCCCAUCGGCGUUGGAGCGGUCUUCUACCUAUCCGUCUGUCGGGAGUUCUUGCUCAAGAUCACCGUCGAGGGUAAGGUUAGAGAGGAUGCACAACAGGUUGCAGAAGCCGUUGAGGUGGUUGUUUGGUUCUUGGUCAUUUGCAGUAUCGUUGUCCACGGUCUUUCCAUUCCCCUGGUAAAGGCAGGGUAUCAUCUUCCCCGUACGAUUUCCAGCGCACUCAGCAGCGCCACAACAUACGACCCGGAGCCGAUUCCCAUCGCAAACAUCCACCAUACGCAUAGCACGGCGACGCCGGUCAUGGAUGGAAGCCGAGGAAGACGACGUGACAAUCCACGAGAAACGCCUCAAUCCACCGUUUUCCAGAUUGGGGGUUCAGUGAUUAGGCCAAAGUCUCCGACGAGUCAGCAGCAGCCGGGGACGGGGAUUUUUGAGGAGCCAGAGAGACCGGUGAAUUUAAUUACUCAUGGAGUGGAACAUCAUGCUACUUCGAUUACGCCAGUUUCUAACCUUCGCAGUGAGUGA